AUGGCUGACAGUUUAAGAAGGAAAAUUGCCUUGUCCCAACUCGAAAGAGCCAAAAAUGUGCUAGAUGCCACCUUUCAAGAGACAGAUGAAGAUGAUGAAGAUAGUUGUGAUGUAUUAGGAGCCCUUCCAUUAUUAAAAGACCGGCUGGAUACGGAUAGGAGCCCUGGAAGUAAUAACGAUAAAAUAGCCAAUAGUAUUUUGAGCGAGGAUAGGGGCAAUUUGCCCACCUGGAAGGAUUUCUUUGAUAAUAAGGAGCUGGUAAAUCUUCACAAUAGGAGCCUCGAGGUAAAUACUUAUUAUACAUUGCCUUCUUCAUCGCUAUCGAAUACCUCUUCAAUUCCUAUCUUUAUUUUUCAUCACGGGGCAGGGUCCUCAGGUUUAUCAUUUGCAAACUUAGCUAAACAGUUGACUACUAAACUUGACGGCAAAUGCGGAUGCUUUGCAUUUGACGCUAGAGGGCAUUCACAAACUAGGCCUUUAGAUGCCGAUAAGCCUAUGAGCUUUGAUAGAGAUUCUUUUAUUGAUGAUUUUGUUAGCUUAUUAGAUUAUUGGUAUGAAUCUAAAAUUAGUCAAGAGCCGCUUCAAAAGGUAUCCAUUAUUUUAAUCGGCCAUUCUCUUGGUGGAAGUAUAUGUACUUUCGCAUACCCUAAAUUGUCAGCAGAAUUGCAAAAAAAAGUUCUUGGUAUUACUAUGUUAGAUAUUGUAGAAGAGGCAGCUAUUUUGGCCUUAAGUAAAGUUCAACAUUUUUUGCAGAAUACGCCUAAUGUGUUCGAGUCAAUUAACGACGCUGUCGAGUGGCAUAUUCAACGUGCACUGUCGAAAUUUAAGCCGAGUGCGGAAAUCGCUAUCCCAGCUUUAUUUACUCCAGUUAAAUCAGGGAAAGUCGUGCGAAUCACGAAUUUAGAAACCUUUAGUCCCUUUUGGAACACCUGGUUUACAGAUUUAUCACACUCUUUUGUGGAUCUACCAGUAAGCAAACUGUUGAUAUUGGCAGGAAAUGAAAACCUAGAUAAAGAAUUGAUUGUGGGACAAAUGCAAGGUAAGUACCAACUGGUAGUUUUUCAAGAUUCUGGUCAUUUUAUUCAAGAAGAUUCCCCCAUGAAGACGGCAGUCACUUUGAUUGAUUUUUGGAAAAGAAACGAUUCUAAGAACACCGUUAUUAAAACCAACUGGGGACAACAUCAAUCAGGGAAGAAUAUAUAG